AUGAUCGGGCGCCCGGCGUCUGCGUACGGCUCCGCCGUCGCCGCCGCCCGGGACGCGAGCCUCCGCCUACGGCACCAUGGACAAGGGCGAUCGCCGCCGGCGAGGUGUGCACGGCGCCGCACCCCUCCCUCGACUCCCGUCCCGGAGUUGCGAGAGGCUCCCCUUCACCGCCUCCACCUGCGCCGCGCGACACGCUCUUCGCCCCCGCCGUCUCCGCCCACCGGGAACGUCCUCUCCGCCUCCGACGAGCGGGCGGACCUCCUCCUACUUCCCUUCCACGCGAUGGGCGGCUCUCCAUCGCCGUCCUCGCGUCCUGGUCCUGCAUCCGCCUCCGCGGCUCUCGACCGCGCCAUCGGCAUGGCGCUCUCGCCUUCAUCCUCGUCCCCACUACGGAGGAGGCCCUCCACCGCCGCCGUCCCUGUCGUGAGACGGGAGGUACAUUUCCCACCGCCGCCGUCCCUGCCGCGCGGGGAGCUCUCCUCCGCAUCGGCCUCCAUCACGCGGGAGGGUCUGGACCGCGCCAUCCGCGGCCUGGCGUCGCAGGAGGCUCUCCAGGGACGCCGUCAUUGCCGUGAGGCACCAUCUCCGCCCCCUUCCGUCCCCGCCGCGCCCCUCAGCAUCGUCCUCCAUCGCGCGGGAGGCUCUGGACCGCGCCAUCCGCGGCAUGGCGUCGCAGGAGGCUCUCCAGGGCCGCCGUCAUUGCCGUGA